CCGAGUUGAACUAGCCCCCGCCGGCCGCCACCACUGUCCCUGUGGCGAGGACUAGUGUGAGAUUAGCCUCAUCACCAAGCGUCCAAACAAAACAAACCGAGUAUAUGAGGAAUCCAUGAAGUGCAGGGGGGUUAGUAUCGAACGGCACUGAACGACGGAACCUGCACAGAAUCCAGAUCACCAGGAUGAAUACUUCCAAUUCCCAAGAAAUCAUGGCAAACGAGACAACGCCUCUGAUACCUACCAAGAGCUCGAAAAAACCUAAAACGCCCUUUCCAAAACUUCAGAUAGGCAUACUUAUGUCGCUACUCCUUGCGGAACCCAUCGCUUCGACAUCUAUAUUCCCGUACAUUAAUCAGUUGAUCAGAGAACUCGGAAUCACUGGGGGCGAUGACGCGGCUGUAGGAUAUUAUGCUGGAAUCAUUGAAUCUCUGUUUUUUGUCGCGCAGGCACUGACGGUGCUGAGGUGGAGUAGGCUGUCCGACCGCAUCGGGCGCAAGCCGGUGCUGGUAAUUGGACUCUCGGGUGCUUGCAUUUCGAUACUGUGCUUCGGCCUCUCAACGACAUUCUGGAGUCUUGUCAUUAGCCGCUGCUUGUGCGGUUUUCUAAAUGGCAAUGUAGGGGUUAUGAAGACUAUGAUGGGAGAAUUGACGGACUCUACAAACAUGGCUCAGGCAUUCGCCUUGUUUCCAAUGGUCUGGUGCAUUGGAAGCUUUAUCGGUCCUUUAAUGGGAGGAACUCUCGCGCGACCGCAAGAUCAUUGGCCUGCAUUAUUCGCCAACGCCUUUUGGGGAAAGUUUCCAUACUUUCUGCCAUGCGCGGUGGCAGCCUGUAUGUUCGUCCUAAUCCUUUUUAUGAUGUCAAUCUUUUUAGAAGAAACAUUACCAACAAAGCGUCGACCAAAGUCGACAUCGGCCAUGUUCGGUAUUUCCAGUGAUGAACUACUGCAUCAACAAUACAUGGCACAUACGCCCUUGCGAUCUCUGCUCACGCCUUCCGUUGUUAUUCCGCUUGCAAACUACACUCUGCUUGCCUUGCUUGAUAUUUCUUUCAUUGUUCUUUUGCCGCUGUUGUUUUCGACACCUACUCAUCUUGGUGGUCUUGGAUUUGAUCCUGCUACUAUUGGCUCGUGGAUGGCGUUGUUUGGGAUCACGAAUGGUAUCUUUCAAGGAUUAUUCUUCGCUAGGAUCGUCGAUUGCAUCGGUCCGAAGCGUUUAUUCUGUGUCUCAGUGUCGUGCUACGCACCACUCAUGGCUAUGUUUCCGAUAAUGUCGUGGAUUGUACGCGCAAGGGGGGGAGUCGAUUAUGCAAUCACGUUUGCCUUGAUUUUCCUUAUAGGUAUACAAGUUGCAUGGGAUAUGGGAUAUGCGGCCAUUUUCAUGGUUAUCACAGCCUCUGCUCCCACAAACAAUGUCCUUGGCGCCAUCAAUGGCCUCGGCCAAACCUCUGCGUCGGUAGCUCGUGUCGUUGGUCCUGCCUUGGCGACUUCACUCUUUGCUGCGUCGAAGGAAUACAACCUUCUAGGAGGAAAUGCAGUUUUUUUCGUCUUGAUUGUGUUGGGUGGUGGAUUGAGAUGGCUGGCAUCCCAGUUGCGAGAUGAAGUACAGGACAAGGAUGAGUAACAGAUGACUUACAAGAGGAAUGAUUGCAUUAUUGUAGAAUCUGUAUUUAUCACUCUGUAGAUAUUUAUUGUACCGCAUUCUGGCAGAAUGAUACUGUAUAACAGGUCACUACCGGUACCGGUCACUCAUCACCGGUUUCCACUCAACGUUCCUGUUGACAUUGGGGUUUCUCAGUUCUGGUGAAGUCGGUCCGUAACGUGCGCAAGUUAUUUCAACUAGCCGCCGCUAGUGCCUCAUUACCAAUCGUUCAAACCAAACAAGGUGAGAAUGCGAAAGUAUAUGAGGAAUCCAUGAAGUGUGGCAGGGACCGUCAGUAGUAUCGAACGGUACUGGACGACGGAACCUGCACAGAAUCCAAAUGACCAGGAUGGAUACUUCCAAUUCUCAUGACAUCGAGACAAC